GCCCGCUCGGCCGCCGCGGUCCCUCUUUAUUUCGUUUUACGUUUGAUUUUUUUUUCCUUUACCCAUUUUAUUUUCCCCCUUGCGCCGCCCGAUAUCACACGCACGCACACACUCAUACACGUACACGUUCACGUUCACGUUCACGUUCGCGUACACGCACACACGCACCCGUCGGCGCGAGCGGUUUUUGCGCGCGCCGCCGCGGAUCACGUUUUUCCACCGCCAAACAGGGUCGUCAUCGGGCACUCGCCACUCAGUCGUCCGCGGUCGCCGCCCGCGUGUACUCGUGUGCAGUUCUCGUCGUCGUCCCGGCGUACCCGAAUCCCGAACACUUCGCGCCCAUCGCACGUCACAAAUCGCGUCGUCCCGGGAAGGGUAACAGAUGAGCGCCGCACAACAACAAUAAUUAUAAUAGUUUAAUAUAUUAUUGUAAAUACUGUCGACUCAAAUUUUCGAAAAAAAAAUUAAAAAUUAGUCAAUUUUAAAAGAGACUCAUCCCUAUCGCGCACAGCAGCUUACGCCGCUCCGCACUAGUCGUCAGUUGUCUGCAGCACGCGCUUCUAGCGGGUCGUGUGCUCUCACGUGCUCGCCCGCCACCGUCCGGUCGAAAACUUUGUUAUCAUCGGCCAGUGGAUUUCGACACCCGAGUCCCAAACCAACUGCACCAUCUUUCGCCCCAAAAAACCAAACUUCACGCCGGGUUGCCACAGCCGCUACUCGGGUUCUUCUUCCUAUUCUGGACACCGGCCAAAAGACUCAGAUUUAUGGGAACUUGGACGCUAAAAUCAGAGAAAGAUGGUGAUGCGGAUGAUGGGGAAGUGGUAGGCUCUCUAAGCUGUUAUAACUCCGUGGAACUUCUUGGAGUGCCAGCAAGGAUGCCUCAUCAUUAUGGUCCCGAAGCUCCCAUGCAGUUUCGACCAGAACAACGUCUAACUAGAGAUGCAAUGGAGAGGUACCUACGAGAUCGCAAUGAUUUAGUGUUGGUUAUUCUCCACGCUAAAGUAGCUCAGAAAUCGUACGGUAAUGAAAAACGAUUUUUUUGUCCACCUCCUUGCAUAUACUUGUUUGGUGAUGGCUGGAGACUUCGGCAAGAACAAAUGUUGAGAGAAGGAGUGUCUGAAGCUAAUUCACAGAUGAGCGCAUUCAUUGGUAUUGGAAGCACUGACCAAGAGUUACAGCCUCUUGACCUUAACAACGGAAAGCAAUAUUGUGCUGCUAAAACGUUAUUCAUUUCAGAUUCGGACAAACGAAAACAUUUCAUGUUGAUGGUUAGAAUGUUUUAUAAUAUUGGUUAUGAUAUUGGUACAUUCCAUAGUAAACGAAUAAAAGUUAUAUCAAAACCAUCAAAGAAAAAACAAUCGUUAAAAAAUGCCGAUUUAUGUAUCGCAAGUGGAACAAAAGUGGCAUUAUUCAAUAGGUUAAGAUCCCAAACAGUCAGUACACGAUACUUGCACGUGGAAAAGGGUAACUUUCAUGCCAGCUCGACGCAGUGGGGGGCAUUUACUAUCCACUUGUUAGAUGAUGACGAAAGUGAGAGUGAAGAAUUCAAUGUUAGGGAUGGAUAUGUUCAUUAUGGCAGUACUAUCAAGUUAGUUUGUAGUGUCACUGGUAUGGCAUUGCCUCGACUUAUAAUAAGGAAAGUCGAUAAACAGAUGGCUCUUCUGGAAGCUGACGACCCUGUGUCACAACUGCAUAAAUGUGCGUUUUACAUGAAAGAUACAGAGCAUAUGUAUUUAUGUCUAUCUCAAGAGCGUAUAAUUCAGUUUCAAGCAACACCCUGUCCUAAGGAACCCAAUAAAGAAAUGAUUAACGAUGGUGCCUGUUGGACGAUUAUAAGCACGGACAAGGCCGAGUAUCAGUUUUACGAAGGCAUGGGUCCCGUGAACUCGCCAAUAACACCUGUUCCAGUUGUUCACAGUUUGAACUUGAACGGUGGUGGUGAUGUGGCAAUGUUAGAAUUGACUGGAGAAAAUUUCACACCUCACCUACAAGUAUGGUUUGGUGAUGUUGAAUCCGAAACUAUGUAUCGCUGCCAGGAGAGUAUGUUGGCUGUUGUACCAGAUAUAUCCUCAUUUAGGGGUGAUUGGCUGUGGGUCAGACAGCCAACCCAAGUACCAGUAUCUCUAGUGAGAAACGAUGGUAUAAUUUAUGCCACAGGGCUGACAUUUACUUACACUCCAGAAUCUGGACCCAGGAAUCAUAUCCAACCCACAGACGACAUUAUGCGAGCUCCACAUCCUCAUAAUAGGUUACAGCCAGCCAUAAACGACGUUCCGUGGAACCAACAUUCCAAUAUUAAAGAUUAUCAAUAAUGAUGUGUAUUGAUUUGGACCAAAGAAAAGAACUAUUGUGGAGUAUUGUUAUGAAUUUAAAAAAUGAAAGAAAAUGUAUAGCAAACUAUUUAUACAUUUUCUGUGCAUUUUAUAUACGGUACGGAUAAAUAAUAAUUAAUAAACACACUACCUAAUGAUGGAUACUUUUUAGUCGCACAUAAUUGUUCAUACAUUGGUUCCUUUUAAUUAUUUUCUACGAUUAUUUUUGUAAAAGAUUUUUUUCCGUCCAUUUGAUUGGUUAAACAAAUGAAUAUUUCUUACCAAAGUCUAAAGAUCGUAAUUAUUGUUGGCAUGAAAUUGGACGCUACACCUGUCCUGUUAUUACAUGAUUGUGCAAUGUCAUUAAGUUACGUUUUGGGGGAACGUUACUGCAUAUCUUAUAGGUAGUUAAAAUUAUACAUUUAUAAAUUAGUAUGUGGAGCUCAUACAAUAUAUGGAAUUUCAAAAGUGAAUCAAUUACGAUGCAAUAUUUAUCCCAGUCUUAGCUCCCGUUACGAACAGUUUUGAUUUUAAUGACUAACUGUAAUUAUAUAUAAGCUUCUCACGAAAUUACUAGUUACUGACAUAAAUUAGUCUUGUCUACAAAUCAACAAGACUCAAGAGUAAGAACAAGUUUGAUCAUUAAAUGAAGUUGUUAACAACUUGAAAUUUUAAGUCAAACAAAUGUUCCAAAAUAUAUAAUUAUAAAACGAUUAAUACAAUAAAUUAAAAUGACUUUCGUAUCCAAAAAUUAAAGAGAGAAAAAUUAAUUAUUUUGCUUUUGAAAUUCAUGACCCUUUCAGUUCACAGUAUUUUUAAAUGUAGAUUUUAAGUAUAGAAAAGCAAAUUGCAUAUUCUAAGGUGCUUAAUAUAUAUUAUAUAAAAACAAUAUCAUUGUACAAUGGUCAAUGAUAUUUUGUUUCCAAAUCUGAUUUUGUAGUUUUGGUUUAUAUUGAAACAAAAUAUUUUUUUUUUUAAGUAGAGCAUUUUUUUUUUUAUCAUUAUGGUUAUUAUUGUAGUCAAUAUUAUGCGUGAUAGAUAUGGUUGUAUUAUAGUUUAAAAAAGGUAAUAUUAUGAAAUCUGUUCACUGUGAAUCUAUGUUAUUAUAUUAAUCAUUAUUAGCCUGUGGUCAAAAAAACAAAAAUCUUAAUUUUAACACCCAACGAAAUCUCUGAAUGAUUCGUUUAUUUUCUUGGACAUCACGUGGUACCUACUACCUAUAUUUCCUACCUACUAUAACAUUUUGUACCCAAAUGUUUUAUUUUAUUUUUUAUUUUAAUUUUAUUACUACGUAUAUAUAUAUGAUAUGUAUUAUGUAUGUACUAAUAAUUUUUUCUGUACCUGUACUUGACUGAUUUUAUAAACAAAACGUAGUGUUUUUUAUUUUUACUUUGACCUGUUGUAGUUAAAACUUGGUUGAUUUUAAUUACUAGUUUUGCCGCCAUUCAUGCCAAACACUUGAUGAUUAUAAUUUAUUACUGUAUAAUUAUAUUUUAUAUAGUGUAACUAUAAGACAGUAAUGCCAAAGAAAAAUUAGUUUGUAAUGGUUGUGAUCGAUAUUUUAGAGCAUUUAUUUUGUUAUUCUUGUAUAGCUUUCUUCCGUAGAUAUUUUCAUGAGAAAUCUGUCGUUUAUAAAAAUAUAUUAUAUUAUUUAAUAUUGUAUUUCAUUUCUUCGGUGGGUAUAUUUUGUUUGUGAUUUAUUAGGGCUGUUAAAUAUGUAUUUAUCUAUUUUCUCACUCAUCUAGUUGUAUGUUAACGAAUAAACAACCACAGAUGUAAAAUAUAAUUUUUAUUAGUUUUGAAAAUGUAUUAAAUUGUAUAUACAUGUAGGUAGUAUUAAUUGUUUUCGGUGUUAUAACUCAUAAUAUUUAUUGCAAUAUUUCAUUGUGUUUUACUGUAUUAAAGAUCUAUAAUUCACUGAACUGUGCGUAAAAAACAUAAAUAAGUUACCUACUUAUUUAUUACAAUAUCUGUACUAAAAAAACUAAACUAAAUGUUGGAGAAUGUUUUGUGAACGAAUUUAGAUGCAUAUUUUGUAAUAGUUAUGUUAAAAAUAAUUUUGUAAACAAUAUAAUGUUAUCAGCUCUAAUAAAUAAUUAUGAUUUUA